AUGUCCGUCCAUGUGCCCGCAGGUAACCUGUACAUCAGCGAGGUCAUCCACAAGGCCGUUAUCGAGGCCAUAGUCGGGGUCAUGGAGAGCGGGACAGUGGCUUCUGCUGUGACUACCAUAGAGGUUGAGAUGGACACAACUCCUGAAGAGAUGUUCAAGGCAGAUCAUCCGUUUGUCUUCUUCCUGCGGGACAACCACAGCCAGCAGAUUCUCUUCCAGGGAAAAUUCUCGGGAUAA